AUGUCUGCCAAUAACAGAGUAGUUGAACCUAGCUCCAAAAUCAGAUCUCUGAUUGCUAGAAAGAAGACUACUAUUCCAGAAGUGAAAUCUUUAAGAAAGACCCCUGUUGUCCCACCCAACUCCAAAAUCAAGAAGGAAUCAAUAGGAAAUGAAGAAAACAUAGCUUCAAAAGUCACUGAAAAAUCUGAAGUUAAGACUCCAAUACUGAAAAAGAGGCUAGUGUUAGGCUCAAUGAAGAACAGUGCUAUCGCUCAAUUGAAGAAAGAAGAGAUAGAGGUGAAGGCAAAACCUUUCAAGAAGAAGGUUGGAUUCUAUGUAAAAUAAGAGCAACAAGAAAUUAACAGUCCCUGUAGCUCCGAAAUUAGGAAGAGAGAAUAGAAAAAGCUUCCUUUUGAACCAGAAAAGUUCUUUUAUCGGAGCUAAAGAGUCUAAGGCAGCUAAGGUAAUCAAGGAAGUAUCUCAGGAGAAGAUAGCAGAUUGUAAAAAGUCAGUGAAGAGUGUCUGAUCUGAAAAUGCUUCAACUAUGUCUUCAAAAUCUGCUAUGUCUAAGAAGAGAAAAAGUAAUGUUAGAAUGCCUCCUAAGAUGUGUAAGAUACACAAUUCUAAGAAGAUAGGGGCUGGCAAUGAUAACUUCUUAACCUCCUUCAUAUCUCACCGAAACAAAGACAAGAAGAAGAUUAUCUGUGAAAAAUCUAGGCUAUACGGAUUCAACAUUGAUGAGCCUUGGUUUCAACAAAUCCUUGGAAUGAGCAUUGAUAGUGAACUAGAUGAAGGCGAAUGUUGGGCAGUCAUAAGAAAGUAUGCUCCAACAAUACUAAUGAACACUCAGAAAGGGAUAGGCACCAUUGGAAACCAGCAAGAAUCUCAUGAGAUAAGUUCCAUCAUAGCUCCAGAAAUAAAUGAUUUUGAAAAUGAAGAAAAAUUUCAGUUCAAGGAGAAGGAGAAAUCUUUGCCACCUGAUAGCGAUGAAGAAAAUGAUAAAGAGAAUCAGAUCAAUAAUGUUGAGAAAUGGAGAAGACAAGGCCUCGAGGAGAUGAUCAAUGACAUCAAAGAAGAACUUUAUAAGAAAGAGAAGGCUCUCAAGCAUAUCGAUUCUGAGGAAGAAAUUAAAGCUUCUCUUCUUUGAAUCCAAGAUAUUGACUCAAUUAUGCCAGAAAGUCGUGAGAUAGUCUCAGGAGAAGUACAAAUGAUGAACUAGUCUCUUCAGUGUUUCUUCAUCUUUGUAAGGAGUUGGAAAAAUCUAAUCUAGGUGCAAUAUAAUUUAUUUUAAUCAAGUCCUUCUU